AUGGUCGAGGCAACGUCACAAACGAGGUACGACGACACAAACGCCGACGGCGUACGCCGCGAUUACUCUCUUUGGCUGAGUUCACCGAUGGGCAAAAUUUGGUCGCGAAUGCGCGACGCAUGCAAGAACGUCGCAAAGCUCACCGCUGCAAGCGUCGGGCGCGUUGCGAGGAAUGCGCCGAAAUCGGAAGGCUCGUCGAAGAAUCCGGAAGUCGAAAUGGCACCGGCGACGCUCGACGACGCUCGACGACGGCCGGUGAUCCUGUACGCCGGCGGAAUAUGCGGAGAGACAUGUCGGAUGUCUUAG